CGCGAGCCUGGCGAGUGGGUUCGUCCCCUCGGCAGCCUGGAGCUCUUCAUGGCCGUCGGGGGCGAGUACGGAUCCCUGAACACGAUCCUCGGGCUGUGGCUUUCCUCCCGGGAGCCGAUCCGACCCGAGGACGUUCGCCAGGCGCUGUUCGUCAUCGCGCGGAAGAACCAUAUGCUGCAGAUGAGCGUGGUGUGGCGAGGGACUCGUCCGUGGUUCCGGCGCAUGGAGGAAGUGGUCGUGGACUUCGGCGUCGAGAACAAGGAGGUAAUGAGUGUGUACUCCACCGAGCUUCACGCGCCCUACGACAUGGCACGCGGCCCUCUGUGGCGUGCCAAGCUGGUGCCGCAGCCCGAGGAGUCGCGCGACGGCCUCCACAAGGCGGCCCUGCUGAUCAGCGUGCACCACUGCAUCACUGACGGCGUCACGAAUGUGGUCCUCGGCCGGGACUUGAUGCGCGUACUGAAUGCUUCCAUGAUGGGCACGGUGCUCGACGUCCCCUCCCGGGCCGUCAUCCCAGCCCUGCCGGACGCCCUCUUCAAGCACUACUACUGGAUCCACGUCUUCAAAUACUUCUGGAGGAAGCUCUUCGACACCUUCGUGAGGAACUACAACCAGAAGCUCUACUUCAAAGGCAUCUUGCCGCAGCCCGAGACCAGACUCGCCACGACGAAGGUCAUCAUGGAUGAGUUCUCGGCAGAGACGACGCAGCGGCUGGUGCAGCAGUGCAGAGAGGCCGGCGUCACCGUGCAUGCCUGCAUCGUCGCCAUCGCCAACAUCGCCAUCUUCCGGGUCGCCCAACAGCGUGCCAAGGGGAGAAUCGACUCUGCUCUCAUCAACACAGUCAACUGCAUCAACAUGCGUCGCUACUUCCCUUCUGAAAAUAAGGAGUCCCUGGGCUGCCACAUUUCCCUCGAGGAGACCGAGCUCCUCAUCCAGUCCGCCGACUUCACCGACAAGGACAGCUUCUGGGCGCUGGUCAAGCGGAUCUACGACAACCUGCAAGACAGCCUCCACGUCCACCACACGCCCGCCAAAAACUCCCCUCUCUUCCGCCCUUCCAGCCUCAUCUUCCACAUCAACUACGAGCUCACGCGCCGUGCCCUCCAGAACCGCACGCACUCGCACAUGAUCACCACCAACAUGGGCAACCUGCAGCACCUUCUGCCGGGCAAGUACGGCGACGGCCCCGUGGAGAUCACCGGCAUCCUCCGUUCGGUCUCCAGCGCGCUCACCGGCCACGGGUGCACGCUCACCUUCCAGACCUUCGUCGGGAAGUUCAUGAUUUCGCUCGAUUACUACUCCAACAAGAUGACAGACGACGUGGCCCAGCAGUUCUUCACGAACCUCAACACUUACAUAUCAAACCUCACCAAAUACGGCUGCCUGGACGUGGCGAGUCCUGAAGCGGCUGUGUGGCCCUCCUUAGCGACGUAGACUGUUUAUAGAUAUCCUGUAGCUGCAUUUCCUAACUUUAAUACACAGAGUUUGGUGUAAAGGCAUGUAUACUACAAACAUCUUUUGAGGCUUGUUCCAGACUGUAUCACAUAAUAGUUAUGUAAUUAGUUAGUUGUCCUCGUUGAAAAUUGGUUGAUAUUGCUCUUUAUCUCAGCCAUUCCAGAGAUUAUUUUAUUUUUUUCCCUCAAAUCUAAACCUCGAAGUUGUACAACUAAUACCCACAUAGCCUACCUAGCUCUCCCAUGUCAGUAGGGUCUGUUUGUGACAUGGCCAUUGCUUAUAAAUGUAAAUAGUGAUUAUGUAAACAGUAAUUAACAAUUGUUACUUUUGUUGUAGUACUUUUGUCAGCUUCCUCAGGUUACUUGGAAUACCAUCACUCUGUCCGCCGACUCAGCAUUCAAAAGCCGAAAUCCGCGCUGCAAGAUGAGUUGAAAUCGCGAAGUGCGUCGAAGAGUUUUCUUCCUAGAGCAUUUUCCGUAACUGAUAUACAGAUAAACGGGCAAAAAUCUAUUCCCUCUCAGUUAUCUCAUGAACUGAUCCACCAUAACUCAGUGUAUAGAUAAAGCAACCUUUAUUUAGUCCAGGCUCCUUUAAAUAUCAAAAUUUUCAUUCAUCUUCCAUGUUAAUAAUGAUAACAAUAAUCACAAUGAUAAUAAUAACAAUAAUUAUAACCAUAAUCAUGGAAAUUGGAAUAACAAGGACAGUAUUAAUAAUAAUAAUAAUAAUAGUACCAAUAGAACCAAGAAACUGAAAGUAUUUAAAAAACACGGGUAGAUCCUAUGUCCCUGAAUGAUGAAUAAAAUGGGCGAUUUCUCUAACAGCUGCUACGUAAGUUUGUUAAUGGCGACUGGCAUGGUCUUCCGAUUUUAUUUUUUUGUAAAAGUGCCUGGAACUCUUGGAAGAGAUUAUAGUCAAAGUAAUCUAAAUUUGCCAAGUAGUCACGCCCCUUCUCCACAGCUAAGAAGCUGAUUGGUUCAUAUGUAUUGGCCAUACCUAAUGCAAACCGGUUUACCGCCAAUUGUACCUUAUCUUUGUUCCUGCUUAGCUCAUGUUUGCAAUAAUCGAAAGGAAUGCUGCCCUUGAAUGUGACAAAAAAAGAACACCCUUUCGAAAAUCCCAAAUGACAAUUAAGAAUUAUGAACAAACUUUGUGUGAAUAAACAGAUGGUACCAGGAAUACUGUACAAAUGUGAACAAAUUAGCUUCUUAGCUACGAAAGAGGCCUGUGGAUUUUUGGUAAAUUUAAAAUGCGGUGACUGCAGUGAGUAGUGACGUUAACUGUAUUAUACAAAUUACAUUGCCUUUGCGCCGAAAGAGUCUGUAAAUACUAUUUUUAAGAGUAUUAUUUUUCUACUCGAGAAGCUAUAGAUCAUUAUAUUAGACAUGUAGAAUGAUCUCAUUCUAAGAUAUGUACAGUAACUUUAGUGAAAUCUUAACUCUGGGUGGUAGAUUGUUAUUUUAUUUUAUGAUAAAAAAUGAUAAUGAAAGGAAUGAGUCAGUGUAAGGUAUUUCCACAUCCUUAUCCUCCUGCACUUGGCAGUUUGAUAGAUAAUAAAAUAAUAAAAGCCAUAUUUAAGCAAAA